AGCACCGAGGCGCACAGAGACGCGAUUCCGGCGCGCUGCAGCUCUGCGUCCGCGGUUCUCUCCCCCUUUAUCUCCGCUGCUUUUCGCUUCCAGUAACGUAUGUUAUCGUCUCAACUCAUUGCAAAGCUUCCUUUCCAUCCCUCUUUGUUUCGGUCCCUCUCAUGCCGCCGCUAAGGCGCUGGAUACGGGGCCAAUUGUGAUCCACCAAGCCGCGAUGAAUAUGGCUUGUAUUGGGGACGCAGACCCUUUCACCGCUGCGAUACCUGCCACCAAAGUUGAACUCACGGUGUCUUGUAGAAACCUGCUGGACAGAGACACCUUCUCCAAGUCUGAUCCAAUUUGUGUGCUGUACACCCAAGGGAUAGCCAACAGGGAAUGGAGAGAGUUUGGCCGAACAGAAGUCAUAGACAACACCCUGAACCCAGACUUUGUCCGCAAAUUCAUCCUGGACUAUUUCUUUGAGGAGAGGCAGAAUCUACGCUUUGACCUGUAUGAUUUGGACUGCAAGAGCGACAACCUCUCUAAACACGACUUCUUGGGCCAGGCGUUCUGCACACUUGGCGAGAUAGUGGGCUCCCUGGGAAGCCGCAUGGAAAAACCUUUGAUUGGGAUCCCAGGGAAGAAAUGUGGCACCUUCAUCGUCAGAGCAGAGGAGCUGAGCAACUGCAGGGAGUCCGUGAUGCUGCAGUUUUGUGGCAACAAGCUGGACAAGAAGGACUUCUUCGGGAAAUCAGAUCCUUUCCUCGUCUUUUACCGUAGUAACGAAGACGGAUCGUAUACCAUCUGCCACAAAACAGAAGUGGUGAAGAACAAUCUGGAUCCGGUGUGGCAGGCCUUCAAAAUCCCUGUCAGAGCGCUGUGCAACGGAGACUAUGACAGGAGCAUUAAGGUGGAGGUGUACGACUGGGACAGAGAUGGAGGGCACGACUUUAUCGGGGACUUCAGCACGCGCUACAGAGAAAUGUCAAGGAGCCAGUCGCAGUUUCACGUCUAUGAGGUGCUAAAUCCAAAGAAAAAAGAAAAAAAGAAGAAAAAGUACCAAAACUCAGGAACGGUCACUCUCCUCUCCUGCCUCGUGGACACCGAGCUCUCCUUCCUGGACUACAUCCGCGGCGGGACUCAGAUUAAUUUCACGGUGGCGAUUGAUUUCACGGCAUCGAAUGGUAACCCAUCCCAGCCCACCUCGCUGCACUACAUGAGCCCGUACCAGCUCAACGACUACGCCAUGGCGCUGCGGGCCGUCGGAGAGAUCAUCCAGGACUACGACAGCGACAAGAUGUUUCCUGCGCUGGGCUUCGGAGCAAAGCUUCCUCCAGACGGACGGGUCUCCCACGAGUUUGCCCUGAACGGUAAUCCACAGAACCCGUACUGCAGCGGUAUCGAUGGGGUAAUGGAAGCUUACUACCAGAGUCUCAAAUCUGUGCGCCUCUACGGACCCACCCACUUCUCCCCUGUUAUUAACCACGUUGCCAGGUAUGCGUCAGCAGUGACGGACGGCUCUCAGUACUUCAUCCUGCUCAUUAUCUCUGACGGCGUCAUCACGGACAUGGCGCAGACAAAGGAGUCCAUAGUCAAUGCUGCCUCUCUGCCGAUGUCAAUUAUAAUAGUUGGUGUUGGACCAGCGGAAUUUGAUGAAAUGAUCGAGCUGGACGGGGACGAGGAGAGGAUUUCCUCCCAAGGACGCUACGCAGAGCGGGACAUUGUUCAGUUCGUCCCCUUCAGAGACUACAUCGACCGGCGGGGGAACCACAUCCUCAGCAUGGCUCGCCUCGCUAAGGAAGUUCUCGCUGAAAUCCCAGACCAGUUCCUGUCCUACAUGAGGACCCGAGGGAUCAAACCGGGCCCCCUGCCGCCCCCCUACACCCCCUGUCCCCCCCCCGGCCGUCCACCCCCUCCUCUGCAGACGGGUAAGCCGAAUCUAAAGGACGGAGGCCUCGUUUCAGCGCCGGCCUGCCGACUCUCCUCUCCUCUCUCUGCUUCUUCUUCUUCCUACUCUUCACUGGAAGCUUUUGAGCAACACGGCGAAACUCCAUCGCUCUCAUGGUGCACUUUCGGGAACGUUGAGCCGAGGGAAUGAUCCGGAUAACCCCAAAUAGGAUGCGUCGACCUUUUAGAAGACAGGAUUUUCUCCCAUAGUGGACGAAGGUGGGGGUUUUGCCGGGUCGUGGGGGGGGGGCUUCCGCUCACGUUCCUCCACCUGGAAGCGUGAACAGGAAACAGAUCGCUUGAAGGUGUCAGACCUAAAGGGACCAAACUGCCGAGGCCCUUUUUCUUCUAUUUCUAUUUCCACUUCCUCUGUCUUUCACGAAAUCUCCCGAUAUAUAAAUGUUUACAAAUUUAUACCGCUCAAUGUGAAAACCUUUCAGAAGAGUCUUAUUUUUCGGGUGCGUAAACAGGAGGUUGUUCAAAGGCCCUGGUGCCACAUUCUUUGUUUUUGUUUUUUUAAUAAAUGGAGCAUGUGCUAGUUAAAGAGAAGCAUGCACUGUUGUCCUGCACUCAGGGCUUUGUCCCUUCCACCCCCCCCCCCCCACCCCCACUGCCAUGUUUCAUUAAGAACAAGCCAAUCAUCCACCUGAAAUCUUCCCGCCUCCUGCUCCGUCCACCUGCCGCGACUCUAAGGAAGCUGUGCUCCCUGGGAGUCGGCUCAAAUCAAAUGCAGCAGGGACUUGAACCAGCCUUACUCUUUUGUCGGAAUAAAUGUCCACCAUGGGUUCUCUCCAAGCCCAGAAGUCAAAAACACACAUCACUACCGAACCUGACUGUGUGUUCGAGUCUCUUGUACAUCAGAAGCAUUUUUUGUUCGGUUUGACGUCUCUCUACCUCUCACUUUGUUUCGUAUUGCCAAGAAAAAAAUAAGGUUGUUUGAAUAGCAACGUGUUAGUUCACAGUUUUACAUUUCACACAUAGUAUUCAUGAAUUAUUUGCCAAACUGUAGGGGGAGAAUAAAAGCACUUCCGUAGCUUUCAGAUCAGGUGACUCACACCUUUGUGUUGCAAACACACUGUGAAUAAGAGCACAGAAAAAAACAACUAACCAAAAUGCAAGGAUGCUUUUAUUUGAGCAGCUCCCCGACUGUGAGCACAGUUUUGAACUCCAUGUUGUCCAACUAUAUUGUAACUAAAGGCCAGUAAUAAUCAGUAGCAGGUAGCAAAUCACUUCCUUAGGAAAAGUCACCAAAACAAGACAGUGUUUUCAGUAUCAAACUCUCACCUCCUGAAGCAGCAGCUGCUCUCAGUUUAGAUUCACACUUACAAUGGAUUCCUGUGGCACUUCCCCUGUUUGCACCUAUUGAUUGGAAUAGGUGUUUAUUGGAAACUUUGUAGGUGGAAAACAACUGAGCCUUUCAGAGUUGUGUCUGGGAAAUUAAGAUUUGGUCAUUUACCUGUGGCAGAAAGUAAAAAGAUAACCACAAAAAGUGUAUCUCCAAAUUAGCAACAUACAUUGAUGAAUCAACACAUUCCUACGAGUUGUUGUUACUCCACUUCAACGUAUUUAUUUAAGGAAAAAAAACACAUUUGAACUAAUUUACACAGUUUAGCACCAUUUGAAUCAAAUUCUGAUAAGAGAGUUGUUUAUUUUUCCAGCUCUUUCAAUCUAAUGCGAUCGGAUCAAACAGUCCUGAUAAUGCAGAUUAACUGAGUUUUUGAGGGGUGAAUUAUACAAUGAAGUGGAAACAAAUUGACAAUCCCCGUCAGAUUAUCCUAUUUACAUGACAUCAUAAACAUUUGUAACCACCAUUGGAAUCCAUUUUACGUGUCAUCUGCAAAAGAGCAAGUCUACAGAUGGUGAGUGUUUGAUGCUCACAACGUGGUAGUUUACGUGAAGUAUUCCUCUAUAAAGUGGGGCAAAAUAACACUAAGAUAAAACGGGUAAUUGCACUAAACUUUUAGCCAAGUUUCGGGCUGAAACUCAAAUGCAACCUUGCUGUUUUUUGCCAAUUAAUGAAACCUGUAAAGCAAAGCACAAACUCGUUCCUAUCAGAGCUACAGCCACCGUCCGUAGAGGUGUACAUGUGUGAAGAUCAGCAUGUAUUCGACGCACUGUUGAUCCUUUCAGUACUUUUUCCGGGCCCUAUUCAGUCAAGGAAUCCAUGUGAGAGAAGGUUUACAGCAUUUUUCUAAACGUACGCCUCAAAGUCAUCUUAUAUUCUUGGCUUAACUAAGAUAUCUACUUAUAAACCGCUUGUGAAACAUUUUCUUAGACAUUUAUACACUGUACAAAUGUUUGCCUUUUUUUGUGUAUGGGUCAAUAUACUGUAUAUGUAAAUGCUGCUUCUUUACUGCUGAUAUAACAUUUUAUACUGAGGCCUGUAAUCAUAUUUAAAUCAUGACUAACAGGCCUUAUUCAUGUUUAUACAUAAGUUAAUCAUAUUUAAAUCAUGAACGACAGGCCUGUAUUUUUUAUAAGCAAAUGGUUAGAUACAUAUGUUUAAAGUAGACCACUCCGUAGCAACAUUUUCCUGCCAAAUCCGACAUUUUGUUAGGUGUAGCGUCUCACUGUUGGCCGAGACUCAUUUCCGAACAGACGGUUAUUCAGUUUGACUGAAUAGGGUACUUCAGUGUGGGCACAGGUGGGCCGCUAGAUUUUGUACUCUUCUGUAUUGUCGGGACCCUGUUUUCGACAGCGGGGAUGUCUUAUUGCACAAUGUAGCACUGGAACAGGCAGGAAAAGUGUUUUUAUAUGUACAUAAGUGUAUAAACUCUGUAUAUACUGUAUAUGUAUGUUUUGUGGAGAGUAGACUUGCAGCAAACUGCCGGGACUCUGUGACUCUCCUCCUGAAACACAAGGCAGGGCCUUUCAUUUAUUCAUCACAACAUCUUGUCGACUUCAUCUCACACCCGCACUCUCGUAUACACUGCACAUCCAGUACAUGUAUUUGUAUAUGAAACAUGCAUGACACUUACAUAACUUGGCCAAGGUUGAGUGAGGAUUAAGAGUUUUAUCGCUUGGUUUUUUUCUCAGAGAAACAGCGGUUUCAAAGACGUGAUAUUUAUGCUCGAUACAUCUACUUAAGCAGAAUUCCUCAACCUUUUUAAAGUCAACGGCAUUAGCAAGCUGUUAUGGAAAUGUCUGAAUAGCACAUACAGUAUUCUGUUUAACGACCUUAGAGGCAACUCCAGAUGAAUUAUUUCAAAAGUAAAAAGCACUUAGUGAGAACAAUUCUCCAUAAAAGCUGUGCAUUCCUUGAAUUGCACAAUUUAGAUCUUCAUCAAAUACAUUGUAGAGAAUAAUGACACGCAUGAGGAAAAUUAUUUAUACAAAGUGCAGACUGACAAAAUAGUGGCAAUACUAUCUCAAAGAGCCCCUAUUAUUGUUUUUGGGGUUUCCCUUCCCUCUAGCCCAGGGGUGUCAAACUCAAUUUCAUGGCAGGCCACAUUUGCAUUAAGGUUGCACUCAAAGGGCCGGUUGUGACUUUA